CACGCGUUGCGUCUGUUCAAGUUCCACUACCCUGUCUGAAAACUGAAGAUAGAGAGAGAGAGAGAAAAUGGAGAAGAAGAGAGGUAGACCACCGAAAGUGAAGGAGGGCAGACCGAUAAAAGUCAGACAAGUUAAUAAUGAUGAAGAAGAUCAGUUACAAUUACAAAGCAGCCGCAAGAAUGGUGAAACACUGACCUACGGCGGCGCGUCUUCUUCACCGGGUUACCAAACUCGAUAUUCGAAGGCACUUGCAGAAAAAGAAGCAAAUCCUUCUCAAAAUCCCACUUUAUUGCUGGUGAAGCAAAUUCUCUUUCAUGAGAACGGGUUCGGAGCGAAAAGACCCGAUCCAGUCAGCAACGACGUCCCGGAGGAAGCCCCGUUGUUUAUUUCGGAAUCUCCGGUUCGAGCUGAUGAGGAGUUCCGUUCUCAACAAGAGAAUAUUUGUUCCGACAGAACUACAAAUGUUAAUGUACUCGAUUUGAAGAAAUUUACUUUAGAUCUCCUUGCCCAAACUGAUGAAGAACCCGAACUCAAUGCUAAUAAUGCAGUCUCGAAUAUCUUUGUGGAUAAUAAUAAUAAUAAUAAUCCCGAAAAAAAUCAAUUUGUCGAUUUCGACGAGUACAAAGUGAAGGAGGACAUGAUCCCACUUCUAAAAGCUAUUUUCGCUAAAUACGGCGACAUUGUCAAAGAAAGCACUUUUUCGAAAGAAUCACGCAAUUGCCUCUUGGAGCUGGUUUGCACCAUUUACGAGAGGCUAAAAGCUUCGAAGCUAAUGCAGCUAAAGCCAUUGGAGAUGGAAUCUAUUUCAGGUCAAAUUGGAGAUCUCGAGAUUGUGAAGGUGAAAGUCGGGUGGCUUCGUAAAAGGCUCGACUUGAUAGUCAAGGCAAGGGAGCUUUGUGAGGGUGCUUCGAGUCUUGAAGAAGCUGAAUCGAGAGUCAUGUUGGCUGUUGAAGAAAAGCUGAAAGCCGUGGAAAGUUUCGAGAAAAAGGUGGCAGCUGACGUGGCGGGUGUCGAGAAUUUGCAGAGGAGGAUACGGUAUGGGAAGGAUGAGGUGGCGGUGCUCGAUAAGAUUAUCGACUUGUUCGAUGGGUCUUUGGUUGAUGGAAUUGUUUAGUAGUAGUGUUGUUAACUCUUUCGACUUCUUUUGGUUUAGAAUUUUGAAGUCGAUGAGAAGAUUAGCAGUGUAGAAAUAUAAUUUAGUGCAAGUUUUCGGGAGAUGCGUACUUUUGGUAUUAAUGCACUCGGUAUUUAUUU